CUGUCAAAGGUGUUUCCUUUCUCAGUCCAAAACACUAAACGCCUGCGCCCCUGUUCCCCUCCCGACUGCUGCAAAGCCCGCGGUUCUAGGAAGAUGCGGCUUCCGGGAAGGGCUGGGACUCAGCGGACAAAAGAUUAGGAGGCGCCUAGCCCCGCCCCACUCUCCCGGUCCGUCCCCCCUCGUUCUUCCAAGCUGCUCGCACCACAGCCUUUCAGUCCCCGAUCGCCGCCGGUACGCCCCGGGACCCUGACCUUCGCACCCCUGGCACCCACUGGCUCCUUUCUUCUUCUGUCCCGCCGAACUCCGACUCUCGAGCCGCCGUUGCCUCUAGGACAUGGUCCUCUGCGUACAGGGAUCUUGUCCUUUGCUGGUUGUGGAGCAAAUUGGGCAGCGGCCUCUGUGGGCCCAGUCCCUGGAGCUGCCCGGGCCAGCCAUGCAGCCCUUACCCACUGGGGCAUUCCCAGAGGAGGUGACAGAGGAGACCCCUGUCCAGUCAGAGAAUGAACCGAAGGUGCUAGACCCUGAGGGAGAUCUGCUGUGCAUAGCCAAGACGUUCUCCUACCUCCGGGAAUCUGGUUGGUACUGGGGUUCCAUUACAGCCAGCGAGGCCCGGCAGCACCUACAGAAGAUGCCGGAGGGCACAUUCCUCGUUCGAGACAGCACCCACCCCAGCUACCUGUUUACGUUGUCAGUCAAAACCACCCGUGGCCCCACCAACGUACGCAUCGAGUAUGCCGACUCUAGCUUCCGACUGGACUCCAAUUGCUUGUCGAGACCUCGAAUCCUGGCCUUCCCAGAUGUGGUCAGCCUUGUGCAGCAUUAUGUGGCCUCCUGUACGGCUGACACCCGGAGUGACAGCCCAGAUCCUGCUCCCACCCCAGCCCUGCCUGUGCCGAAGCCAGAUGCACCUGGUGACCCAGUACUGCCUAUCCCCGUGGCUACUGCUGUGCACCUGAAAUUGGUGCAGCCCUUUGUGCGCAGGAGCAGCGCCCGCAGCUUACAACACCUGUGUCGGCUAGUCAUCAACCGACUGGUGACCGAUGUGGACUGCCUACCCCUGCCCCGGCGCAUGGCCGACUACCUCCGACAGUACCCGUUCCAGCUCUGACUGGGCCAGGCACCCUGCCCUGCCUCACACAGUGACAUCCCGGAGGGGACACAGGCCCCCAGCUGGACUUGGGGUUCUGCUGUCCCUUCCUCAGUCAUCCUGGUGCCUGCAUGCGUGUGACAGCUGGACCAGAAAGUGCCAGCAAGAACAAGGCAGGUGGAGGAGGGGUUAUCAUACAACUCUGAGGCCAGUGCCUCUCCAGGUCCCAUAUGGCUUUGUGGUAAGCCGUAUCAGAGCAGAGGGAGACAGGCAGGGCCUCGUCUCUCCCCAGAGGCUGGACCUAGGCCUCCAUUCACUUGCCUGCCCUAGCCACUUGAACUGUGUCUAUUCUCCCAGCCCUGGUUUCUCAAUCUGCUGAGUAGGGCAGGCCCCCUACCCAUCUAUAGAGUAGCCAGCCUGUUUCUGGGAGACCGUCAGCCACAGGUUGAUCAUGCCAAGGCCCCUUGUCGGGGAGCAGGCUGGGCUAGAGGACUACACAGUUAUACAGUAUUUAUUUAUUUAUUCUCCUUGCAGGGUUUGGGGGUGGGGUGAUGGUGUGAGCCAUCCCGCUUCUCUGCCCUAUGCCCUGGGUGGUCCAAAGACCCCCCAGCUCUGGUUCUUCCCUGUGGAGACCCCCAUCCCGAGACAUUGUUGGGCCCAAAGUAGUCCCAAAUGCCUUAGGCCUGCCCGCCUGCCUGCUUGUUUCUCCCAAGCCUCUUUUGGGAGACUGAGUGACCAGACAGACAGGAGCCAGAAACACAAGGGCUCCCACCCAUCUCCUCACAGGGCAGCGCCACGGCUUCAUAGAGCUGGCUUCUCUGUGGUGCAGCCCCUGCCGAGGUGCAUGUGCUGGGUCAGGAAGAGGAUGCUAGUCCCAGGGCUGCAGCUGCAGCUCUUUUGUGUCUGCUUCCUGCCCAGGAAGCUGCCUGCACGUGAGAGAGGGAGAAAUACAUACCUAACUAGACUUUAUAAAACAAGUAUUAUAACACAAGAACCGGUUUGGGAGUUUUUCUUCCGCUGAUUUUUUUCUGUAAUGAUAAUAAAAUUAUGCCUUCCACUUA